AUGAAUCACGUAAAAGCUCGUCAACGUAAUAAUUCUAUUCUUAAGAAAUUAACAGGUAAAGCAUUAGAAAAUUUCCGUGCUAAUACUAAUUACCGUCAAAGAAAAUGUCGUUUAAAGAAACGUAAACGUUUAAUUAAUAAUAAACCAACAUCAUUUCAAAAUUGUCAAUCUUUUGGUAAAGCUAUGAAAAAAGUAACAUCUGCUUUGCCAAAAUGCGAUAAAAAGAAGAAAGAUGUUAUUCAACAUCUAGAUCAAAAAUAUAAUCUUGUUCCAAAACCUGUUCAACAACGUACAUGUGCCAAUAUAUCUGAUCAGACUAAAAAUGCGGUUCAUAAGUUUUAUUUAAGAGACGAUGUUUCUUAUCAAUUACCUGGUAAACGGAGGGCUUACAAUUUAUUAACAAAAUAA